CAAAGUCUGAAUAAUCAAUACCCAAUAUCUAUAUAGAAGGUUCCCUAUUUCUCUCUCCUCCCUCCUUUUACAUUGUAAUCUCUCCAUUUCUUCAUCGUCUUAUUCUGCAAAUUCAAAUCGGGUGUCUUGGGCCUUGAAAGAUGGGAGGUGGUAAGGACAAGCAUGAUGAAUCUGACAAAGGAAUUUUUUCACACCUUGCUCAUGGGGUAGCUAAUGCUGCACAUGGUGGACAUGGGUACCCACCUGGAUCUUACCCACCACCACCAGGGGCAUACCCUCCGCAUCAGGGGUACCCUCCAAAUCAAGGCUAUCCUCCAAAUCAAGGGUAUCCUCCGCAUCAAGGGUAUCCACCUGCACAAGGUUACCCUCCUUCACAUGGUUAUCCCCCUAGUGGGUACCCUCCUGCCGGUUACCCACCAGCUGGUUACCCUGAUCCACAUGCCUCAGGAUCUCAUGGACAUGGGCAUGGUGGUAUGGGAACAAUGCUUGUUGGGGGUGCUGCCGCUGCGGCUGCUGCAUAUGGUGCUCACAAUCUCUCCCAUGGCUCCCAUGGUGCCCAUGGCCACUACGGACAUGGUGGUCACAUGCCCCACGGCAAAUUCAAGCAGCAUGGCAAGUUCAAGCAUGGAAAGCAUGGAAAGUUUGGGAAGCAUGGAAAGUUCGGCAAGCAUGGUGGUGGGUUCAAGAAGUGGAAGUGAGGAAUGUAUAUGCAACCAUGACUACUCUAAAUGCUGCUACGUAGUGCUUAUUGCUUUAUAAAUAAACCAUACUUCGUAUGAUGUCUGAUGUCAGUGCAUCAUACUUGGUCCCUUGCUCUUACGUUUUUUGGUUACUUUGAUACUUUGGCAUUGACCAAGAUAAACGGUUCGGUUUAGAUUCGAGUAAUUGAUCAGAAAACCACACAGAUGCGCUAGAUCUUAUAUAUGAGCAAUUCUGGAGUUAUUGGCUUAUUGCUGACAGCAAGAAACAUUGAUAAAUUAAUGCGUACUUACCGUAGCCUGUUUUGCGUUAUAAUACCAUUUCAUUUUACCUCAGUUGAAUUUUAUUU